AUGACUGACAGGCUUCUUCAGGCUGAGACAGGUGUCUCAGUAGAAACACUGUGGAGUGGUGGACAAAAGAAUGACGAUGUCUUGCGGGACGUACUUGGUAAAUUGGAGGAGGCGACCAGACAUGCUGAAUUGGCAGAGAGGGCUUUUGAGAGUUUGGAUUAUGUGUUCAGGCAGCUGGGAGAAUCUCUUGUCACGCACAAAGACGAUGUCUCAAAAUGCCGCAUUGUUUCACAACCACCUUCCCUGCUUCACGUACAAAUCGCCGAUUCGUCGAACCAGGAAAAACAAACAGAAGGCAAUUCGAAUCAUAUCAAAUUUGGUCCCUCUGACGACGGUGUAGUCUUCCAACAUCAAAGAGAUCAUUCCGAGCCGGAAUACUCUCACCCCGGUAGACGUAGCUUAGAAGUCGACCAAGAUUCGACGACAACUUCUAGCGAUACGUUCGGUACACACGCUUUGUGA